GGGCCUCCUUUCCCGGCACGUGUUUGCGUAAAAACUUUGCGUAAAAGAGCUUCCCACGACGCCUGCUGGAGAACGGGGCAGCAGCCUGGCCGGAGAGCCCGGGAGGCGUGCCUGUUUGCCCGUCCGCCCCACCCGCAGCUGCUUCCCGGAGGCGCCGGCCGCCCCUUCCUCCUUCCCCGCCGGCCCUUUGCCGCUCGCUCUCCGGCCGCCGGCUCCAGGCUGCUCUUCCCGGGCCAGGUGUGCGCCAUGGCGGCGGCGGCGGGCGGGGGCUGCUGCGGGGUCCUCUACAGCUUCCUCUUCGAGUACGACACGCCGCGGAUCGUGCUCAUCAAGAGCCGCAAAGUGGGGCUCAUGAACCGGCUGGUCCAGCUGGCCAUCCUGGCCUACGUCAUCGGCUGGGUGUUCGUGUGGGAAAAAGGUUAUCAAGAGACAGAUUCGGUUGUGAGUUCGGUAACCACAAAGGUGAAAGGACUUGCCGUGACCAACACCUCAGAGCUGGGCCUCCGGAUCUGGGAUGUGGCGGAUUAUGUGAUUCCGCCUCAGGGUGAAAAUGCUGUCUUCAUUAUGACCAACCUGAUCAUCACAUUGAAUCAGACACAAAGUAGCUGUCCAGAGCUUCCAGAUAAGACAACCACGUGUUCUUCUGAUAGCGACUGCACAGCAGGAUAUAUCGGCACCCACAGCAACGGUAUUCAAACUGGGAAAUGUGUAGUGUACAGAGGCCGCAGUAAAACCUGUGAGAUCUUUGGGUGGUGUCCUGUGGAGGAUGACGAAACUGUACCCAACCCUGCUUUCCUCAAGGAUGCUGAAAACUUCACCCUUCUGGUCAAGAAUAACAUUUGGUAUCCCAAGUUCAACUUCACGAAGCGAAACAUUCUCCCCACCAUUAAUAGCACGUACCUCAAGUCUUGCAAGUACCACCCCCAAACGGACCGCUUUUGCCCUAUUUUUCGCCUCCGCACUAUGACAGAUGCCGCCGGGCAGGACUUUCAAGAAAUGGCUGUUCAGGGUGGAGUCAUGGGGCUGCAGAUCAACUGGGACUGUGACCUGGACAAACCUUACUCUCGUUGUGUGCCAAAAUACAGCUUUCGGCGUAUUGACAACAAGGAUUCUUCCCACACUGUCUCUCCAGGAUACAAUUUCAGGUUUGCCAAAUAUUACCAGACUGCUGAGGGGGUGGAUUCACGGACGCUCAUUAAGGCUUACGGCAUUCGCUUUGACAUCAUGGUCUUCGGACAGGCAGGAAAGUUCAACAUCAUUCCAACCAUGAUUAACAUUGGCUCUGGCUUAGCUCUCUUUGGUGUGGCAACAGUUCUCUGUGACAUCAUUGUCCUAUAUUUCAUGAAGAAAAGAUAUUAUUAUCGAGAGAAGAAAUAUAAAUACGUGGAAGACUAUGAACUGGGAAAUAGCACCUCUUACGGAUCACAGGAAGAGAGCCCGCAGGACCGUGAUGUCAGAUGACCACUCCAAAAUGUCUGCUGUCAACUGAGUCCUAUUAUUUUCACGUGUAUGGACUGUGAAGGAGAUGCUGCUGCUGGAUUAUUCUUUCUCAGGAAUGGGGUUGAGCGAUCUGGCCCUUUUUACUGCAGACAGGAAAAGAGGCCCAUUCAAAUGGUCUGAUAUUGCUGUCAGGAUACCCUGCCGAAGGCCAGGACUCCCCUAGGAGUCAUGGGAAUGUGAAAGUUGGGAUAUUUGGUGAAUACCUAACACUUUCUGUGAAAGUGUGGGUCUGCAAAACCUUAUGAGCCUCAAGUAAUUCUGCUGACCCUUUGCUGAUCCUGUGGACUCAAAGAGGUAGGCAUGCCGUCAACAGUGCCUUUGUAUGUCUAGAAAAUAUCCAGAGGCUCUUCCGUCCCUUCUAGAUCCAUGCUAUGUCUGUGCCACCCCAAAUCCCUCUUCUCUUUGGAAUCCUAAACCCCAGCCCCCUCCUUUUGGCUAGAAAUUCUGCCUGCUUUUCCGGUCACAAAGGGUGAAAACAGGCAACGGCAUUCUAAGUAUUAAUUGUGAACACUUUGCUGCAGGAAGACACCAAACGCAAAACUCAGGGAAGGUUGUUGUAGAAAUCCCAAACGUCAGUUCCUAGCAAUCUGAGAGGACAGGGAACAAACGAGAUGUUUGAACUGGAUGAACGUGGACAUAUUUGGGGGUUUGGAGACCGGCCAGGUCAUUCUCUGCUCUUCCCGUUCCGCUUUUGGGGUUCCCCGGAGUUCACUUUUAACCUUCUAAAUGUCUGAAGAAUGUAUAGAUAUACCUGCACUUUUGGAGGGUGAGGGCGGGGGGGGGGGGGAGUACAGAAAUCUGAAAACAACUAAAUGCCGACAAAAGAGCACAAUCUAUUUAUUUUGCACAAAAUAUAGAAUUUUUGGAAAGUA